AUGGCUAUGAACGCGAUGCAGAAGAAGGCAAACGUGAGUACCGUUUCUCUGGUGAUGAUAAUCACCGCACCAUUUGUGCGUUUGCCGCCCGAAGUGAACCGCAUAUUAUACGUGCGAAACCUUCCCUAUAAGAUCACCGCCGAAGAGAUGUACGACAUAUUCGGCAAAUACGGGGCCAUCAGACAGAUCCGGCUUUACGUGCGAAACCUUCCCUAUAAGAUCACCGCCGAAGAGAUGUACGACAUAUUCGGCAAAUACGGGGCCAUCAGACAGAUCCGGCUUGGCAACACUCAGGAGACCAAAGGGACGGCGUUUGUGGUGUUUGAGGACAUAUUUGACGCGAAGAACGCGUGCGACCACUUGUCCGGAUUCAAUGUCUGCAACCGGUAU